CGGAGCAGGCCUUGUCGGCGGCUACUGGCAGCGCACGCAGUGCGUGCUUAGCGGUUCGCUCGCUCUUAUCCCGCCGGUUCAGCGCGCGUGACAACACUGAUAAGACAAGGCGGUGGGCGCAGUUCGUCGGCUACUCGGCCAGUUAGCGUCCGGCAGAGUUACGUACCGAGCGCCGUGAGACCAGCCAGCAGUCAGACUGACAACUAGCAUCCCUGCAAAGGUCCGGUGGCGAACGGGAAAGAUUCAAGCAUGGCCUAUUCCAAUAUUGUGCAACGGGCUCGAGAUGCCUUUAAUAGCGGCCAAACAAAACCAGCAGCAUUUCGUGAAAAGCAGUUGAAACAAUUGUACAAAAUGUAUGAAGAGAAUGAAGCUGCAAUGAUUGCAGCUUUAGCAUCAGAUCUCCGAAAAUGCAAACAAGAGGCCCUUGUCACAGAAGUAGAGUUUCUAAAAUAUGACCUAACAAAUACAUUGAUGAAUUUGGAAGAAUGGAUGAAGCCUGACAAGCCAGCGAAAGGAUUUGUCAAUUUAAUGGAUGACGUAUUAAUUUUUAAGGAGCCUUAUGGUGUAGUUUUAAUUAUUGGUGCAUGGAAUUAUCCACUGCAGUUAUCUCUGUUGCCAAUGGCUGGUGCUAUAGCUGCAGGUAACUGUGUUGUGCUGAAACCAUCAGAAGUGGCUGUUCGAUCUUCGGAACUCAUAGCUGAGUUACUUCCAAAGUACUUAGAUCAGGAAUGUUACCAUGUUGUUCAGGGUGGAGUACCGGAAACAACUGAAUUGCUGAAAGAACGUUUUGACUAUAUCUUUUACACUGGCUCAACACAAGUUGGUAAAAUUGUGAGAGCAGCAGCCAAUGAACAUUUGACUCCUACCACCUUGGAACUAGGUGGUAAAAGUCCUGUGUACAUUGAUUCCACCGUAAAUAUGGAUAUAGCUGCAAAACGUAUUCUUUGGGGAAAGUGCAUCAAUGCUGGUCAAACUUGUAUAGCACCUGACUAUGUGCUAUGUUCUAAGGAAGUGGAGAGGAAUUUUAUUGCUAAAGCUAAAGAAAUACUCAAAGAAUGGUACGGAGAUAAUCCAAAGGACUCGCCUGAUCUGUGCCGAAUUAUCUCCGAUAGGCAAUUCCAGAGAUUACAUGGUUAUCUGAGUAAUGGAAGCGUUGCAGUUGGAGGUGAAACAGAUGCUUCAGAAAGAUUUAUUAGCCCAACUAUUCUCACAGAUGUGAAACCAACAGCACCUGUUAUGCAAGAAGAAGUAUUUGGGCCAAUACUUCCUAUAAUAAAUGUGGAGAGUGCUUUUGAUGCAAUAAAGUUCAUCAACAGUCGGGAAAAGCCUUUAGCUUUCUACAUCUUCACCAGUAGAAAAACGGAUAUGGAGCUCUUGAUUGACAAUGUCCCUUGUGGUGGAGUGUGUUGCAAUGACACUGUUCUUCAUCUUGCAGUGGAAACCUUGCCCUUUGGUGGAGUUGGACAUAGUGGAAUGGGAGCCUAUCAUGGAGUCUACACUUUCAAUACUUUCACUCACAAGAAAAGCUGUUUGGUAAAGGACUUGAGUGCGAUUGGGGAGAAACUUGCUGCGGCAAGGUACCCACCAUAUUCAGAGAAAAAGAUUUCAUCGCUGAGAUUUUUACUGAAAAAACGGAAAGGAAUAAGCUUCAAGUACUUGCCACAUGUUGUCAUGUUUGUUCUGGGUAUUGCAGCAACUGUUGGUGUAACAGAAAUUCUGAAGAGAGAGCCAUCAAGAAUAUUGGGUUACAUCUGGUCGUUGCAGAAAAGAAAGUAGCUGUAAAGUUCUUGAUGACCUCAUGACUUACCCUGAAGGCUAGUGGAGUGGAGUCUGAAUAAAGUACUGCAAAUAACAUCAACCUGUUGUAUGCAGGUUCCAAUUUCUGCAGUUAUUACACAAACAGAUAAUGCUUUGGAUUUGCUAAAGUGCUAUUUUAAAGUGCUAUAACUGCUCAAUUUCUGACUGCUCAGGGGCAGCAGUGUCACCUAUAAAUGUAAAAGAUACAUCCUGAAAGGAAGGUAUUACUGGGAAUGCAUCUCAAGUGGGCUGCAUCUUGCUAUAGAUGAAUUCUUGUGUCUGAUAAAUAUUUUAAAUAUUUGUGUUUUAUGUAAAACUUUGUCUAAAUACAUUAAGAACCCGGGAGCAGCCUUAUAAGAGAUUAGGAAAAGUCUGAAUAUUUGUACUGUGCAUUUCUGUAAUGUUCAAUAAAAUUUUGUCUUUUUGA